AUAGGAAAACUGAGCCUAUACAGGGAUUGCAGGAAAACGGGAGCCUAAAGAAGGAUUGCAGGACCCCUUUAAAAAUGGCAAACUAAUAUGGGAACUCGUUCCUGGCGAAACGCUCAGGGUAUACUUUGCCGGGUAAGAUCACUCGAUGUCUUACAUGUUUACGGUACACCAGGCCAAGCGGCCACGUUUCUAUCCCCUUGCAUGCCACGAGUGGCUCCAGGAAAUGUGUUUUUUUUUUCUUUCCUGGUUACUAAGCUCAUUACGUCUGGAACUGUAGUACCAUAAAAUGUCUCGGCAUUAGUGCUGCCUACGUGCGGUUUGGCACGUCGUUGGAAGCUGGCAGGAACUUUUAAAAAGGGAACGAUCGGAUCGCUGAUGGUGUAACAAAACGCCUUCACUCACUCCACACCCAGCUCCUUGAUUCUGGGCCAAUCAGAAUCAGUGUGAAACGUGCAGCCCGCAUAAUGGCGGCAAAGAUAAUUCUUUACCAGGACACAGAAUUUCGAGGGGCUUCCCGGGAGGUUACCGAAGACAUCACCGAUCUGAGUUCUAUUGGUUUUAGUAACAGGGUGUCUUCCCUCAAGGUUGUUGGUAGCGUGUGGGUUGGCUAUGAGGAUCCGUACUUCAGUGGUCGGCAGUACGUUCUGGAGGAGGGUGAAUUUGAUAACUGGCGCUCUUGGCACGGCUCCAGAGAUGAACUGUCCUCGUUGAAAAAGCUGAAUCUGGAUGUCGGCGAGACACCGCAGAUAGUGCUGUACCAGCACACGAACUACAGCGGAAGGGCCGUCAGCUUCACAUACGCCAUCGAGAACCUCAAGUACUACAAGUUUGACGACGAAGCCUCAUCGCUUAGAGUCAAGAGUGGAAUAUGGGUUCUAUAUCAGAAGACCCGCUACCGAGGGAAGCAGUUCGUGGUAACGGAAGGGUUCUACCCACACUAUGACCACUGGAGGGGCGCUGACGAUCAAAUAUCCUCGCUUCGACCGAUCAGAGAACCGUAUUUCCCCACCGAGAUACUGAGCAUGGAGUUCCACAUUGACCGGGGAUGCCUCGACUCCACCUGCAUGAGCCUGGUCAACUUGUCCCAGUGCAACGACACCAGCUCCGACCAGGCCGCCUCCUGGCGCACCACCCGCACCCUGACCACCACCAAAACCUACCGUUGGAACUGGAAGAACACCACCGUCGUCAAGGCCGGCACCACCUUCCGCACCGGCGUGCCGGUCAUCGCCGACGGGGAGAUCACCCUGGGUCUGUCCAACACCUUCGCCGUCGGCCAGAGCGGGGGCGAGGACAACACGCAGUCGGACGAAUGGAGCUUCAACCUCCCGACCUCGGUCAAGGCCAAGACCCUGCUCCGCGUGCAGGUCCGGAUCCAGCAGGGGAAGAUCGACGUGCCCUUCUCGGCCGUGAUGCAGAAGGGCAACAAGCGAUGGGAGGAGGUGGGGACCUACCACGGCACGCAGAGCUACAACUUGCACGUGGAUUACAAGGAGAUAUCGCUGUGAAACCAUCGGUAGUACACAAGCAGCCUUUCGGAUUAAGCCUUUUUUCUCAGAAAGAAUAGAUUUCUACAUUUGCGGCAGAUUAGUUAACCCACGUCCGACUUCUUUGAGAUGCGAUUGCCAACAACACACACAUCUAUGGAAUUGGCUGCAGCCGUUACUAUAAACGACUUUCAUAUGCACACGUGCUAUUACUGGCCUCAGCCAAGGAAAUUGGACACAGCUUGCCCUCAAUAGGGGCGAUAUUUAAUCCAAGUUUUGACAUGUUCAAAAGGGGGUGAUGAAUCUGGUUUUAUGCGUGCGUCAACUUUCUUGUGCUCUCCCUCAUUUAUUACCAAGUAACAGCUUGACUUUAUAAAGCGUUCACCAACCCUGCGUAGAGCAGAUUUGCCACACGGGGGAUCCAUUUUUUUCUAAUUACGUAAUUAAGAAAAGAUUUCGGCCAAAUGUAAAAACCUCCUGUUCAUUUGUACCUCUGUAGAUGCUGAACAGCCUAGUUUAGUCACCUUCAAUAACAUGGGGACUUCCUUCAAAGUAAUUCUUUUCCAUAGCCUGCCUCCGGCCAACUCCCAUAGGGAUUAUAUGCAAAUAUCUCAGCCGUGUGCUGAUAAGGGAUUAUUGACAAAGAAAGUGCCUGGGCAAGCCUUGGAAAGCCUGGGAAAGCCUGGGCCUGUCUUAUAUCAAUGGUUGGUCUCUCUUACGUGUUUCUGAGCUGUAGGCAGCUGUCUGAGUAGUUUCCUUGUGUUCGGGGGGGUCAUAUUUUUGUGGUUAUAACGAAGUGAUCUCGAAACGAGCACCUUGAUGCGAUGAGCAUAAAAAAUAGGCCCUGUGCAGCACAACUACAUAAUCAGCGAAUGACGCACUUUGAGCAUUGACAGGAAAAAAUCGACCCUGUUCAGCGCAGCGUUUUAAUGAAUGGCGAUAAACCAAAAAUAUGAAAACGCAUUUCCAAAACAGAUUCUUUCGAUCAUUGUGUGCACAUUACUGUAUUGCCUUUUCCUGCAUUCCUUAGUUUUCUAACAAUAAAAUGUCUCUUUAUUUGACCAAAACGUCAUAGCGGGAAAAAAAUUUCACGAUCAAAUC